AUGUCUCGUCUUUUGCUUCUCGUUCUCCUUUGCCAGAUCUUUGGGACAUUUUCCAACACCACCCGUGUUGUACCAUACUGGAAUCGCAGAAGCAAAGUGGAAGUAACUUUAAUAGCCGAAGAAAACACUGGACUGAGUUUAGAGGAUAUCUACGACAAUUUCCAGGAUCUUUUUAACGAUUAUGGCAGGCGGUAUGGCCUUCCUUUCACUAAAAGAAACCUCCACAGGGUGGAGGAUUUUAAAUCACCGAAGGAGACUCCAAUGGCAAAAUUUGAAGCUUACGGUGUCGAUUGCGCUCAGUUUCAAAACUUCCUGCAAGAAAUAAGAGCAUCGAACUAUCGCUUGAAAUUCGCACAUAUCAAGUGCGAUAACAUGUCGUUCUCCAUUUGUAAGAUUUUCCGUUGUCCAGAAAGUGAAUUCAACGGCUUGGAAAGAUACAUAUGCCAACAUUGAUUGCCCCAAUUGAGGCUUGAGAAUGAAAAUUUUGUGCAGUGUUAA